AUGUGCGAUAGGCCUUGCCCUUUGUUCGAUUACGAAUAUGGUGACGGCAUUGUGGCCGGGACUCUGGCGAGGGACACGCUCGUGGUCUUGUCGAACGAUAGUAAUAAUAAUCCCAAUAUUUCGUUUGGUUGCGUUCAAACCUCAUAUAGAGAGCCGAUAGGAAUUGUAGGGUUCGGUAAAGGUGACCAAGCAAUAUCCUCCAAAGAAUAUAUGCAAAUCACCCCAAUGCAACACAAUCCCUUGAACCCGAAUUUCUAUUACAUCAGUCUCGAGAACAUCACCGUGGAGAACACGACCACGAUACACGCGCCCGAGACCCUGAGACGGUUUAAUUCGUCGUCAUUGACCGGUGGCAUGAUAAUCGACUCGGGAACACGAAGCACCCAUUUGCCCGACCCCUUCUAUUCGGAUCUUCGUAAGGCGAUCGAUUCGGUUGUAAAAUACCCUCGUGAGCCGGUGGCGAAAGCUACAACCGGAUUCGACCUUUGCUAUCGGAUUCCGGUGGCCCCGCCGACAAACGGGACUCGGCCAGUGUGUUUGUUGUUCGAGAGAAUGGAUGAUGAUCCGGAAGCUUCUGGAGUGUUCGGAAGCAGCCAACAAGAGGGUGUGGAAGUUGUUUACGACCUCGAGAAUAAGAGAAUUGGGUUUCACGUAACGGAUUGUGUCUCGUACGGGAAAUAG